CACAUGUCCCCACAGCCCACACAGGGCACCCUGGAGAUACACUCGCUCUGCAUCCCAGCCCCUGCCUGCUCGCCCCCACUCCAGCUGCUGCCGAGUCCUAGACCCGCUCCCUUGAACCACAUCCCCGUAACUUGCCGGUGCCCGAAAGGAGAAAACAUGGGGCCCCCUCCACCCAAGGCCAGGGGACUCUGGAUCCAACUCCAGAAACUUCUGACCUCCUGGCUGGCGGGACAGCAAGACUGGGACCAGCAUCUGGAUGAGGCCUACAUGCUGCAACAGAAGAGGAUUCGAGAGUCUCCUCUGCUUCGGGCAGCCAAGGACAACGACCUGUGUGUCCUGAAGAAACUUCUGCUGGACCGAACCUGUGACUUUCGGCAACGAGGAGCCCUGGGGGAGACGGCGCUGCACGUGGCGGCCCUCUAUGACAACUUAGAGGCCGCCAUGGUGCUGAUGGAGGCCGCCCCGGAGCUGGUCAAGGAGCCCACCAUCUGUGAGCCGUUUGUAGGUCAGACGGCACUGCACAUAGCCGUCAUGAACCAGAACGUGAACUUGGUGAAAGCCCUGCUCGCCCACGGGGCCAGCGUCUCUGCAAGGGCGGUAGGCUCAGCGUUCUGCCUCAGUCCCCACAACCUCCUCUACUUUGGGGAGCACCCUUUGUCCUUUGCGGCCUGCAUGGGCAGCGAGGAGACCGUGAGGCUGCUCAUUGAGCACGGCGCUGACAUCCGGGCCCAGGACUCCCUGGGAAACACAGUGUUGCACAUCCUCGUCCUCCAGCCCAGCAAAACCUUUGCCUGCCAGAUGUACAGCCUGCUGCUGUCCUACGACGGGCGCGGGGACCACCUGCAGUCCCUGGAUCUCGUGCCCAAUCACCAGGGCCUCACCCCCUUCAAGCUGGCUGGAGUGGAGGGCAACACCACGAUGUUCCAGCACCUGAUGCAGAAGCGGAAGCACAUCCAGUGGAUGUGCGGGCCGCUGACCUCCACUCUCUACGACCUCACGGAGAUCGACUCCUGGGGAGAGGACGUGUCAUUUCUAGAGCUUGUGGUCUCCUCCAAGAAGCGAGAGGCUCGCCAGAUCCUGGAACAGACCCCAGUGAAACAGUUGGUGAGCUUCAAGUGGAGGAAGUAUGGGCGGCCAUACUUCUGCAUCGUGGGGGCCCUGUACGUGCUCUAUAUGAUCUGUUUCACCAUGUGCUGCAUCCAUCGCCCUCUCAAGCCCCGUAGUGGCAACCGCACAAACUCCCGAGACAUCACCAUCCUCCAGCAGAAGCUGCUCCAGGAGGCCUAUGUGACUCAGCAGGAUAAAAUCCGGCUGGUGGGGGAGCUGAUGACGGUCUUCGGGGCUGUGAUCAUCCUGUUCCUAGAGAUCCCGGAUAUCUUCAGGGUUGGUUUCUCUCGCUAUUUUGGACAGACUGUCCUCGGGGGGCCGUUCCAUGUCAUCACCAUCACCUAUGCCUCGCUGGUGCUGGUGACCAUGGUGAUGCGGCUUUCCAACACCAACGGGGAGGUGGUGCCUAUGUCGUUCGCCCUGGUGCUGGGCUGGUGCAGUGUUAUGUACUUUGCUCGAGGAUUCCAGAUGCUGGGUCCCUUCACCAUCAUGAUCCAGAAGAUGAUUUUCGGAGACCUGUUGCGUUUCUGCUGGCUGAUGGCUGUGGUUAUUGUGGGAUUUGCCUCAGCGUUCUUUAUCAUUUUCCAGACAGAGGACCCAUCCAACUUGGGGCAAUUCUAUGACUAUCCCAUGGCGCUAUUCAGCACCUUUGAGCUUUUCCUCACCAUCAUCGACGGGCCUGCCAACUACGACGUGAACUUGCCCUACAUGUUCAGCAUCGUCUACUUUGCCUUUGCCAUCAUCGCCACACUGCUCAUGCUCAACCUGUUCAUUGCCAUGAUGGGCGACACACACUGGCGGGUGGCCCAUGAACAGGACGAGCUCUGGAGGGCCCAGGUCGUGGCCACCACGGUGAUGCUGGAGAGGAAGAUGCCUCGCACCCUGUGGCCUCGCUCUGGCGUCUGUGGGUACAAGUACGGGCUGGGGGACCGCUGGUUCCUGCGAGUGGAGACCAACCAAGACCAGAAUGCUUUGCGAGUACGUCGCUAUGUGGAAGCCUUCAAGGGCUCAGACAAGGAGGAAGAACAUGAGCAUCUUUCUGAGAAACAGCCCUCUGUGGUUGAAAGUGGGAUUCUAGCCAGGGCCUCCCUGGCCCUCCCGACUCCCUCCCUGUCCCGGACCACAUCUCGAAGCAGCAGCAGUCACCGAGGCUGGGAGAUCAUUCGUCGCAACACCCUGGGACACUUGAAUCUUGGACUGGACCUUGGGGAGGGGGAUGGAGAGGAAAGUGUCUAUCACAUAUGAUUAGGACCCCUGUUACUCUCCUCCCGACUCCAGGUGUACCAUUCAGUGGCAUUAAGUACAUUCACAUUGUUGGGCAACCAUCACCACUGUUCAUCCAGGGAAUUUUUUAAACUGAAACUCUUGUACCCAUUAAACAUUAACACCCCAUUAUCCCCUCCCCAUGGUGCCUGAUAACCAAUAUUCUACUUUCUGUCUAUGAAGUUAACUACUCUAGUUACCUUAUAUAAGUGGAAUCCUCCAAUAUUCGUCCUACUGUACCUGGCUUAUUUGAUGUAGCAUAAUGUUUUCAAGAUUCAUCCAUGCUGUAGCAUGAGUUAGAAUUUCAUUCCUUUUAAAGGUCAAAUAACAUUUCAUUGUAUGUAUAUUCCACGUUGUGUUUGUCCAUUCAUCCACUGAUGGACGAUUGGGUUGCUUCCACCUCUGGCUGUUGUAAUGCUGCUAUGAACAUUGGUAUACAAGUAUCUGUUCAAGUUCCUGCUUUCAGUUUCUUUGGGUAUAUGACUAGAAGCAGAUGGCUAGAUCUUAUGGCAAGUCUACGUUUAAUUUUUUUGAGGAACUGCCGUACUGUUUCCCACAGCAGUUGUACUGUUGUAUGUCUCCUCAGGCAAGGCACAGGGUUCCGGUUUCUCCACAUCUUCACCAACACGUUACUUUCUGUUUCUUUGAUAAUAACCAUCCUUUUGGUUAGGAAGUGGUAUCUCAUUGUGGUUUUAAUUUGCAUUUCCCUGGCGACUAACAACAUUGAACAUCUUUUCGUGUGCCUAUUGGCCAUUUGCGUAUCUUCUUUCUUGGAGAAAUGUCUAUUGUCCUUUGUCCAUUUUUGAAUUGUUUUGGGGGUUUUUUGGUUGUUAUUUUUGGGUUGUCUUAUCCUUGUUUUUUGAGACUUGGAGUCUGAAGUGUUUGUAUCUCAUUUGCAUCCUGGUGUGUUUUUAAAUAUGUGAGGUAAAUUAUUCCUUUCCAUGCUUGGAUGGCCCCAUCAUUUGUUUUACGAGACCAUCCCUGGCCUGUGCCUCUGGUUGUCUGUUAGCAGCUGUUCAUCCUUGCCUCUGGAGGUAACAGGCUCCCAACCACGUUUCCUGCAACAGCCAUCCUCCACCCCCAUCUCCGUUUGUCCCUGUGCUGACCUGUGGGGUAGACAGCAAUAAUAGAGCCCGGGCCAACGCUUUCCAGGAAGGAAGUUGGAAACUAGGUGUCCAGGGUAUCCAUUACAGCCUCGCUUUGGCCUCCAGCCCUUCUUGUCCCAGCCCCGUCAUCACCCUGACCACAAUGCCGUAACGACUCUUAAGAGGACUGUGGUCUGGAACAGCAAAAAGGUAAGUGGGAUUUGCAACACCACAGACAGGUUCAUCCAGACACUCACGCAAGGCACAAAUGAGUGCAGAACGGUGAGGGAUCACACACACAUAUGCACACACGCAC